AUGCAAGAAAGAGACCAACCAAUAUCAUCUCUAAGAUACUCGCUGAAUUUUAAACGCGUAUCAUACCGGACUGAAUGGGUGGAUCUUCCUGAGGUAGCAUCAACGCGCAAAGCGCUCGGCGUACCGCCCAGCCGCACAUUCAGCAAUGGCAGUCCGUUCUACACUCUGCCUAUAAUCGAAGAUCCUUCCACCGGGGAAAGGGUGGGAGACUCGUUCGACAUCGCGCUCUACCUGGAGAAAGCAUACCCCGAUGCACCGCAGCUAUUUCCCCGCUCGAGCUUGGGUCUACAUGCCUCGUUCAACGCUCACGUGGAUGCGCUUUUCUCGCGCUUUGUGAUUCUCUUCUUCCACGGCAUGCCUUUGAAUCCGGAGACGGCUGAGGUAUCCCAUGCCACCUUUGCGGCCAGAGCCGGGGUAGAAAGCUGGGACGAUCUGACGGUCACGGGGGAGGCCAGACAGAUUAUCCUAGAAGGAUUCAAGUCAGCGCUUGCCGAGUUGGCCAAGAUCUACAAUUAUACGGAGGGUCCGUUUCUGGAGGGCAAUACUGUAUCGUAUGCAGAUUUCAUUGUCGGUGGUUGGCUGCAGUUUGCCAAAGCAUCGCUUCCUGAAUGGGAAGACCUGCGGAAAUGGCAUGAGGCACGGUGGGGAAGGCUUCAUCUCGCAUUGGAGAAGUACGCACAGGUUGCAUAG